AGCGCACGUAGCGGAAUGGAGCGAUCAACAAUGGCUGCUCGGUGGUGGCUGCUUCUGCUGAUUGGCCUCGCCGCCGCCGCCGCCGGCGUCGUUCGCGGCCAGGGAGGCGCGCCGGACACGACCGGCUUCAUCAACAUAGACUGCGGCUUGCCGGAGAAGAGCCGCUACGUCGACGACGUCACCAAGCUGAAGUUCACCUCCGACGAGGCCUUCACCGACGGCGCCGGCACCAUUCACAACGUCUCGGCGGAUUACGCCACGGCGUCGACGACGACGGACAGGAGCCUGUACACCGUGCGGAGCUUCCCCGACGGCGCGCGCAACUGCUACACCCUCCCGUCCGUCGUGCCGGGGUCCAAGUACCUCGUCCGUGCCAGGUUCAUGUACGGCAACUACGACGGCCUCAGCAAGCCCCCGGCGUUCGACCUCUACCUCGGCGUCAACUUCUGGCAGACGGUGACCGUGCCCUCCGCCGACUGGCUGGGGAUCGCCGAAGUCAUCGCCGUCGUCCCCGACGACUCGGUGCAGGUCUGCCUGGCGAACACCGGCGCCGGGACGCCGUUCAUCUCCGGCCUGGACCUGAGGCCUCUGGCGAACUCGCUCUACCAGCAGGCCAACGCGACGCAGGGGCUGGUCCUCGUCGACCGGAGAAACUUCGGCGUGGGCGGGAACGCGACGGCGGGCGGGGUCAGGUACCCGGACGACACGUACGACCGCGUGUGGCUGCCGUGGAGCAACCCGCCGGCGGAGUGGUCGGACAUCUCCACGACGGAGAAGGUCCAGAACACGAUCGCCGGGCUGUUCGACGUGCCGUCCGUCGUGAUGCAGACGGCCAUCACGACGCGCAACUCCUCCAAGCCCAUCCAGGUCUCGUGGGACACCCACCCCAACCAUGACUACCCCGAUCCCGGGAUGUUUUUUACCUUCUAUGUCUCGGAGCUUGAGCUCCUGACCGGCAAUGCCGUUCGCCAGUUCAACAUCAGCGUCAACGGCAUUAUUUGGACGAAGCAGCCAUACAAGCCGGUGUACCUCUCUACCGACAGCCUCUACAACGCAGCACCUCACCGGAGCUACAGCCGGUACAACUUUUCGCUAUACGCCGCCGGAAACUCGACGCUGCCGCCGAUCCUCAACGCCGUCGAGGUUUUCUCCGUCGUCUCCACAGGCAACGUUGGCACAGACGCUCAGGAUGUUUCAGCCAUCACUUCAAUCAAGGCCAGGUAUCAGGUGAAGAAGGGUUGGGCAGGUGAUCCAUGUGCUCCAAAAAAUCUUGCUUGGAAUGGGAUAAGCUGUAGCUAUGGCAUUUCUACACCUCCAAGAAUCACAAGCUUAAAUAUGUCUUACUCUGGUUUAAGUGGCGAUAUAUCGUCUUACUUCGCUAAUCUAAAAGAAAUCAAGUAUUUGGACUUGUCAAACAAUAACUUGACAGGAUCGAUUCCUAUUGUCCUUUCACAACUACAAUUUCUCACAGUUCUAGAUUUGACAGGAAACCAGCUUAAUGGAUCAAUCCCAUCCGCUCUUCUGAAAAGAAGUCAAGAUGGCGGCCUGACCCUAUGGUAUGGCAACAAUCCAAAUCUUUGCAGCAACAGCAGUUCAUGCCAGCUUCCACAAAAGAAGAGCAACUCUAUGAUUGCCGUCUAUGUAGCUGUUCCAGUAGUGGUGAUAGGAGCAGUAGCAGUACUACUUCUUUUCCUCAUCAAGAAGAACGAAGCAAAGGGCAGUGUGAAGCCACAUAUCUUGGGGAGUGGCUUGCCGUCACACAGUCAGAAUGGCAGUGAACAUACGAGCUUGCAGCAACUGCACAACCGUCAGUUCACAUACAAGGACUUGGCAGUCAUAACGAACAACUUCCAGCGAGUUCUUGGAAGAGGAGGGUUUGGCCCCGUCUACGAUGGCUUCCUGAAGGAUGGUACUCAUGUGGCAGUCAAGGUACGGGGUGAGUCUUCCGACCAAGGAUACACUGAGUUCCUGUCAGAGGCUCAGACUUUAACGAAGAUUCAUCACAAGAAUCUUGUCGCAUUAAUCGGUUACUGCAAAGAAGGGGAUUAUUUGGCACUUGUGUAUGAGCACAUGUCAGAAGGAACUCUCGAAGAUAAGCUUAGAGGCAAAGGUAGCAACACUAGAUCGUUGACAUGGAAGCAGAGGCUCCGUAUUGUGUUGGACUCUGCACAAGGACUAGAGUACCUACACAAGGCAUGCAGCCCACGAUUCGUACAUAGGGAUGUGAAGUCGUCGAACAUCCUGUUGAAUGCAAAUUUUGAGGCCAAGGUUGCUGAUUUUGGCUUGACAAAGGCUUUUAAAUGCGACAACGACACACAUGUAUCCACAAUCAGGGUGGUUGGCACACGCGGCUACCUUGCUCCAGAGUAUGUCACAACUUACCUAGUUACAGAGAAAAUAGAUAUAUAUAGCUUUGGCGUAGUGCUGUUAGAAGUGGUCACUGGACAACCACACAUUUUAAAGUGCCCAGAACCUGUUAGUAUUAUCCAAUGGACGCAACAACGCCUAUCGCGAGGCAACAUUGAGGAUGUGGUGGACACACGUAUGCAAGGUGAUCACUAUGACAUCAAUGGAGUCUGGAAAGUCGUGGAUGUGGCACUCAAGUGUACUGCACAAGAUGCCAAACAACGGCCCACGAUGACCAAUGUGGUGUCACAACUCAAAGAGUGCCUAGAACUUGAGGAAAAUAGAUUUAGAGAAGAUUUAAGUGACACUUAUGUGACAGGAAGCAGCAUAGACCGGAACUCAAGUUAUAGUACAUAUGCCACUGAGUUGAGCCAGGGAAGCACUACUUUUGAGAUGGAGCAUAAUCUUAGGAAAAUGCCUAAAAGGGAUAUUGGUCUACCCACACUGCGAUGAAUCCACUAUGCCCAUAUAUAUUUCUAAUUAUUAUUUCAUGUAGUGAUUUAUGUGUUCUCUUAUAAUGUUAUUCUUUGGAAUAAGGAAGUACGUACAAAAUGUAUACAAUUUCAAAGUAUUAUUGUGUUAAGUUGAAAA